GUCGCUUACUCCAGGGAGGGCAGUAAGUUUGCAAAUCAGUGUAAUUGGGAACGCUUUAGAGUUUUCAUCCCAGCUCCCCAGAGCUCUCCCCAAAACAUAACAAUGACUCGUAACUCAGCCGACCACUGGUAGUGUGGAGUGGGAUGAGAUGAGCUGGGAGGACCUGAGAGGGUGGCUGGUGUCCUAUGAGAUUGGCUACCAGAGUGUGAGAUCUGGCCAGUGUCCCCCUAGUGACUCCACAUCCAAUGUCACCGUGUCUGUGGACCAGGAGAUGUUUGAAGUGACUGGUUUACACCCGGGACUCCAGUACUGUGUGUGGGUAGCUGGGAGGACCAGUCCCGGGGUUGGACCUUUCUCAUACACUCUCAUUCCGUGUAAGUAUAAUUAUACUAUCAUUUUAUAAUAAGUGCCUUUAUUACAGGGUCAAGUAAUAUUGAAUUUUCACUGAAACUGGAUACAGACAACUGUACUGAUUUGAUCGUUAAUAAACUGGAAGAGACAGUGGAGGAUAUAACACGUGAAAUAAGCAGAGGGAUUGAACUAAUCUGCCAGUGCAAUUUCCCCAGCAACUACAUUGGAGAUGUAAACCUAUCAUGCAACAUGAACCGUCUCUACCUCGCAGGCAGGAUGAUAAGCACUAGAGAGAGGGACAGUUCUGCUCUAAUGUAUGAUCUAGCACAAUGGAUAGCCACUGAGCCAACUGUAGUAGUCAGGGGUAUGCUGCUGAAGGUGGUUCCAAAUAGCAAUAAACCUGCUUUUGAUGAGAAAUCUGGACGCUAUUCUGAUGCUGCUGUGAUGGUCAUUAUUGGAAGCUCGGCUAUCCUUGCUUUUCUGGUCAUAUUUGUCACUGUAGCAGCAAUAUGCCGUUAUAGAGAGAGAAACAAGCUUUCAAAGACAUCUACACCAGAUCUUACUAAUACAAAAGAAGAGAGUGAAUAUCAUUCCGAUUAUGUCCCUGCUGCAGUGUUACCAUCACCUAUUGAAGAAGCCCACCAAGACGAUAGCUCCCCACUCCUACAUCAAGAAAUACAUCAGUCCCAAACUGAGUAUGAACCGAUGCUUACACACGACUACGAGACCAUCACCACUUCGGAAAAACUGGUCGACUCUAUCAGAAGCCAAGGAGAACUACCCAGCCCUAUCUAUGAAGAAAUGGCACGUUUGGCCACGCCUGAAAAACAAGGUCCGGAGAAUGACGAAAAUUACGAGACGCCCGAGGCUGAUGAGGAGAGCUCAUACUACAUAUGAAUUGUUGCUUACCGAUGAUAGCAACACUUUUAAGUUUCUAGUUUUGUCGACCGUGUCUUUAUUGGGUGCUCGUCCUGGUCACCUAGUUACACACCCACUCACUCGUCAUGAAUACGAAUGUCUGAAAUGCACAUACAUUCCUCACCAGCUCUGCGUAAAUAUUAUACGUAACCUGCAUGAAAGUGUAUAAUAAUAUUAUCAUAAACCCAGA